UUGUCACAACUCGCCUGUCAAAAUCAAUUUACUAGUUUUUAAACUCAGUUGUUUGAAAGGUAACAUCCAGUUGCAGAUCAUGGCUCAUCGAUUUUCAAAAGAAGAAUUAGAUGAGCAGUUUGAAGAGUUUCUGAAAGAGUCUCUUUCAGAUGAUUCACUUGGAAAUUCAAAGAAAAAAUCCAGCAUUCUUGAGACAUUGGGACAGCCCAGGAAAAAAGAAACGAAGAAAAAGGAUUCAGUGCCGUGGUGGAUAUCUGAGGAAGAUUCGGAUGAUGGUGAUUUUCAAACAAGAUUUGUUAAACUGAGAAAAGAGAAGAAACUGAUGGAAAGCCAUGCUGAAAUAGUGGAAAAUAGUGAACAAAAGAGUCCCCAUUCAGAUUCCCAGUCUGUAGUUCCCCGUAAACCUUCUUCCAGUGCAUCUCGCAGCAAGGCUUUGUCUAAAUUCAGAAUGCUGGAAAAAUUUCAUAAGGACAAGAAAGAUUUGUACUUAAACAGAGAAGAAGGAAGCCUCACUUCUGACAGUCCAGACAAUUCUGAGGGAAUGCUUGGAGCCAAUGGAAGCUUUGUCAAGAUACAGAACACUUCACAGCCUGUGGGGGAAACUGAUGAGAAUAUGCAUGUGGAAAAGAAAAGUGAUGGGGUUGCUGUCUCCUUAAGUAGAGACAGCCUGGAGACAAAUGAUUCAGUUUUAGCUUCUGGGCUUAAUCAAAGUAUCGUGGGAGUUGGAUUGGAUACCUUGGAAGAAGAAGAAGAAAAAGAGAUCUUCUUUGCCAAACUUGAACGAGAAGCUUCCUCUACUAUUGAUUAUUCAAGAUUAAAUAAAGAGCUGGAUUCCAAUGAUUCUGUAUUACUAGCACCAUUUGUACGAAAUGAAAAAACUGAAAAAGGAGAAGAGGAAUCCACACAUGAAGAGAAAUCUGGCAGCUACAGUGAAGAUUUUGAAGAAGAAACAGAUGCUAAUCCUGCCUUUAAAACUGAGGCAAGUCAGGUGAAUCAAAACAUCAUGUCAGGAGUUGAUUUAAGUCCUCAAGAACAGGAAGAAGCAAAUGCUGGUAUGCUGGCUAAAGUUGUAUUACUUGAUUCACAAGAUUCAACUACAGAACUUCAAAAGGCCCUUGAAACAUCAGACGUAGCUCUAGGUGAACAUUAUCUGCCUGAACAAGUCAGUGGAAUUGAAAUGAAUGAAGCAGGCACUUCCUGUGGACAAACCACCAGUGAUAUCGAAGCGUUACACCAAGCAUACCAUCAUAUUGAUCAGUCUUUGGGAGACACUGAUGAGCAGAAGCUGCACGAUUCUGCAAUGGCAGUCUCAGAAUGCUUAGUGCAAGGUGUUUCACAAAAUAAUGACAUCUAUUCAAAAAACGAGUCAACUAUUGAGUCAGAUUUACCUACCGUGGAAGAAUUGAUGAAACCAAUUAAAGGACAUUCAUGUAAUAUCAGAAGUUUUGAUGUGGAGCCUGAAAGUCCUGUGAAACUAGUAGGCAGCACAGCAAAUGACCUCAUCAGCCACUCGCCCUUUAAAGAGCACCAGAAUAAUAUGGUUUGGGAGACAAACUUAUUUGAAAAAUUUAACGGAGAAGAGAGCGUCUUUCUGCAGACAGCUGUGAAUGACGAUAACUUUCAGAGGGUGACUGAGAAAGAAAUUCAGACCAGUGACGUAAAGCCUGAUGUACUAAGAGAAAAAAUAGUACAAGACUCUCUGCUUUCACAAGGCAGCAAAACUAAACAAGCUCUUCAGUCUUGUUCCUUGAAGAAUGAAAGAUCAGAAUCAAUGACAACUAAACCAAUGUUAUACAAGAAUAUCAGAAGUCCAUCACCUUUACAUAAAAAGAAAUCUUCAUAUGGUCCUCAUGGGGUGGUUAGAAGUUCUGGGUAUGGGAAACCCACUUCACUCUCAAAACAGUCUUUUCCAGCUAAUGAAAAGAAAGCACCAAAAGAAACUUUCAAAAAGACCAGUGUGAAAGCCAAAAGUCCUGCAGAUAGAGCAAGAUCUAAAGACACCUUAUUUGCUACUAGGAUAAUACGAUCUGCAACAAAUGAACCAACUUUGAAGGGGAGUAUUAAUAGAGUUAUGUCUGGCCAAUCAGUUGUUAGUAAUCUUGGACACCAGGCUGUGGAUUAUUGCAGUCAACAUCAGCAUGAUUUAUCAUUUUCUCCUAUCAAAAGUUGUGAUAGAGAACUAUAUUUGCUAAAACGAGUGCAAGUUGCAGAGGAGGACCUGAACACAGCUCGUGAUUUGAUUCAACAGCUAACCAGCACGGUUUCACAAAAAGAGAAAGAAAUAGAGACAAAGAUAGUAGAAUUGAAAACACAGCAUGAAAAAGAGCUUUCUCGGUUGGGUCAGGAAAAUUAUGUUCUUCAGAGUAAGUUAAGAAGUAUGGAAGAGCUGACUAAAGAAAAGAGAUGGACCCAUCGUACAGCAACAAUUCCCGUUACUGAAGAAAAAUUGGCACAAAUACAAAAGGAAAUUGAAGAUCAAGAGGUCAUUAUUCAAGGUUAUCAACAGGAAAAUGAGCGGUUAUACAAACAAAUGAAAGAGCUACAAAUCCAAAACAAAAAAAAUGAGGAACGAAUGUUUAAGGAGAAUCAAUGUUUAAUGUCUGAAUUAAUAGCCCUAAGAGAAAAGAUAGAGAAGACUAAUAUCCAGUCACAAAUCAUGCAGGAUUCUGAACCAGCCAGAAAUCAGAGUUUCACAGAACUGAUUUCGGAGCUUCGAGCAGCACAGAAGGAAGAAACUAAAUUACAAGAAGAGAUAAGACGUCUUAAGCAAGAUAAGCAAGCUCUUGAAGUAGACUUGGGACAAGCAAAGAAGGAGAGGGAUUUAGCAAAAGUCCAGAUUGCAUCCACAUCAGGGGAGAAGUCUUAUGAAUUUAAAGUUAUGGAAGAAUCAUACAAACAGGAAAUUACUCAUUUAAAAAGAAGACUUCAGUGGUAUGCAGAAAAUCAAGAUCUUCUGGAUAAAGAUGCAGCCCGUCUUAAAGAUGCAAGAGAAGAAAUUGAGAAACUAAAACUAGAGGUUGAGAAGCUCAGAGCUGAAGCUGGAGAUCAGUGUGUGCAACAGAAGAAACGUUUGCGAGACAGAGCAGCAGAUGCUAAAAGAAUUCAGGAUCUUGAGCGACAAAUCAGAGAAAUGGAAGGAAUUCUAAAAAGAAGGUAUCCAAAUUCUUUGCCUGCUUUGAUUUAUGCUGCUACUGCUACUGAGAAAACUAAUGAUCUUUCAGCUAAAACAAACACAGUUGAUUUUUUGGAGAGAAGAAUAAAAAAGUUAGAAACAGAACUUGAAGGUAAAGAUGAUGAUGCUAAAAAAAGUCUCCGUGCCAUGGAACAACAAUUUCAAAAAAUAAAGAUACAGUAUGAGCAAAGACUUGUAGAGCUUGAGCAACUACUUGCCUACAAAUUUAUGAGUGAAUCGCCAAAACUAAAUGGUGAUAAAGCCAGUUCUACAGAACUUGAACAGGAGCUUCAGAAUCUAAAGAAGACCCAUCAGAUCACUGUUAAAAACCUCCAGACAGAAAUUGAAAACCUUAAAAGUCAAAAUUCCCAAUUAAAACUCGGAAGUAAAAAGGAUAAUAAAGACUUAGAGUCCACAGACUCUCAAAUGAAACAAGGUAACACAAAAGACAGACUGUUAAAACUAAAUGAAGAACUGGUCACCAAAAAUAGAGAAAUACAAGACCUUACAAAAACUGUAGAGAAACUUCAAAAAGAAAGGAUGGUGAUGUUGUCUGAUAAUAAUUUGAGAAAUAAAACUGAUAAUAAGAAAAACUCUACAGAGAUCGUGAAAAAGAAUACCUCAGCAACAGACAAAAGGAAUUCCAGCAACAGUGAACCCUUUCUAACCAUUUUCAACGAUGACAAAAUAUACCAACCACGUACUUUUUCUGAUUCUAAUCUCUCGGAAGUUCUGCAAGAAAAUGCACAGCUGAAAGAUGAGCUAGAAAGAUUGUCUCUAGAAAUGAACCAGCAGAGGGUGAAGUCUCAAGCAACACUGGCUUAUUCUGAAAAUAACAUACGAAGGAUGCAGGAAGACACAGCAGAAUACAUUGCAUCUCUGAAAGCUUCCCAUCAGAGGGAAGUGGAGAAGAUUCUUUGCCAGCAUGCAAAGGAGCAUUCUGCUUCUAAAGUAGCUGAACUAAACAGCAGAAUUUCAACACAAGAGAUAUUAAUAAAACAUCUCCAAGAACAAAUCAGUGAACAACAGAGACAUCAGGAAGCCCUUUUAGUUUCACAGAUGCGAGAGGAACUCCUACAGAAAGAGGUGACGAAAUUGUUGGAUGAACUGAGAGAGGCUAAGGAGAGCCAGAGUCCUGAAAUGAAACAUUUCCUGUGCCUGGAAAAGAAAAUCAAGCAUAUCGAGACGAGACAUGCAGAAAGAGAGCAAGAAAUUCGAAAGGCAACCCAGCUAACACAACAUGUUACUGAAGCAAGGCAAACCCAUGAGGUUGAGAAGUGGCGAAGACUGGCACAACGGAAGAAUCAAGAACUGGAGAAAUUUCGAGUGGAAUUGGAUUCAAUAUUAGAUGUUUUACGUGAACUGCAGAAACAAGGGGUUGUUAUUCCUGCCCCUAAUUCCAGUGGAUUCAGCAUGACAGACAGCUGUUGGAAGACAUGAUUGGGUAGGAUUUGAUUAGAGAAGCAGAAUUUUAAUAUUCAAAGUUAUGUAUAGAAAAUAUUACUGAAAAUCAUUAACGUACCACUCGUAAAUUGAAUUACAUUCUGAUCUUAUCUGGAAUCUUGCUUGUCCAAAGGUAGAUUUGCAUUGAGCAGCACCCCAGUCAUACUGUAUGUCUUAUUUUGUUAGUAAUAAAGUUACAUGCAAUUUUAAAAAAAUACUAGGAAUAUUGAGGUUAUUCCAGAAAUUCAAUUAGCAUUGAAAAAUUCCAUUUGAUACUUUUUCAGAUACUGUAGAACAUGCCUGAAUAUUUUUAACUUUUGUUUAUAACUUGUCUCAUAGUGGUUCCUCUAGUGAGUCCUUUGUGAACAAUGUGAGUAAUCUGCCGUUUGGCUUGUAUUUUUAGUGUACAGAGUUACUAUUUUCAUUUGGUAGGGCAUGAAAAUCCUCUUUUUCCAACAUUCUGCUUCCCUCCCUCCUAUUCAUAAAAUGUUCCUUCCCGUAUCUUUAAGACCCCUUUCAACUUUGUGAAUGACUGGAGGGCUGGAGCAGGGCAGGCAUGCUCUGGUGAUGCUCAAAUUCAAACUAUUCUUUGUUUGCUUUGCAGGUAUUUCCAGCUGUGCUGGUAAGAAUGAUGGCAGAGUGGUCUAGCUCAGUUGUUAGGGGGCAGAUAUGAAAAAAGCCUAUAAAAUACAGUGUGAGAGUAGUUACUGGUAUCCCUUUUAAAAGAGAAGGCUGUAUUGAGUAAGAUUUUUACAAUGGGCUGUUCUGGAUCUGACACAGUAGUAUCUUUAUAGAUGAUCUUGACAGAACAAAGAGGCCAGUCAAAUGUGAAGACGAUGUACUAAAGCUCAGACUGCAGGGAUAUGUUGGUGGGCAAAUUUAGAGUUAAAAUACUGAGCAAGUUGGAAAAGGGGCCAGAGAAAGACCCCAAACAACUAGAGUCUUCAGGAGUGACAAAGGAGACUAGUAUGCUUAAGCAGGAAUAAUCCACUACCCAAAUACCAAAUGUGGAUAUAACUUUCUGCUGAACUGCCAGGCAUGAUAGCAGGUAACAAGCUGAACGUUAGAGAGACCGUUGCCUUCUCCCUCUCCUCUUGGGCCCUGCUGGAGUUAUACACCUACGUGUAGAGCCUGUAAGAUACUAGGUAACAUAGGAGCAAUUCCUACUGCAUCACUAAUGUGUAAUUUAGUGUGCUAAGCUUUUGGUCCCUUGUUUCAAGAAAGAGAUGGACCAACUGGAGGGCAAAGAACAAAUCAGCAGGCUAGAAAAUGUAGCCUUAGGAACUGCUGAACCCAGAGGGGCUGCCCUGCUCCAGAGAGGAGACUGAGGAGGGAAGAUGAGGAUGGCUAUUACUACACUAGUCGUAUAUGAAAAACCUGCUGCUAAAAGCAUAGAAAAAGGAGCAGCAGUAAGUCAAAUUAAAGAAAACUCAAGAUAGCUAGCUAUUUGGUGGCUGGAAGGACAGGUUUUCAAACAAAUCAGUAAAUUAUUAGUUUCAAGUCUCAGCACUGCAAGUCCUUAAGUAAGUAUUCCAUAGCACAUAUAUUGAGGCUGUAGCUCAAUCAACUAUACUUACUUAGGGCAAAGAGAAGAUAAAAGCUAGAAUGUACUCUUCAGGUCCCUCUAGUAUUGGUUGAAGCUAGCAUUUAAGUCAAAUGCGAAAUAGUUCAGGUCUGUGUAUAUGUAUUCAUGUAUCGCGCUUCUUCAGGGACCAGCAGUAAACAUGCAUUUUGUCUUAUACAAGCACGUGACUGAGCAAGCAUAAAGAACAAAGUAGUAUAACAAAUUAUACUGUAUAGGCAUAAACAAUAAUUAAGUGCAAGGCUUUUUUUUUUGAGUGUACACAUACACAAACAUAAAGUGAGGGAGAGUGUAUACACCUAUAUAGAUAUAUAAAAAAAGGAUGGUCAGCUGGCAAUUAAUAUAGUAAUCUUGGUUGUUUCAUAUUCAGGUAUUUUCAGUAUGGAUGUUUUGUCCCCCAAUAAUGAAGUAUUAGUCUGUAUUCAUAAAAUGUGUAAAUACAAUAAUGCUUUGUAUAUAAAAUAUCAGCUACGUGUAAAUAUGCUGUAUUUUCUUGAUUUGGGACUGUUUUGCAAAUGAAAAGGAUAAAAUUGAAUAAUUUCAACUUACCAUUUAUUUCCUGUACAAUUUGCUGUAUGUGUAACACUGUAUUAAAGUGUGUGACCUGAAGUGAAAUUUUUUUUAAAUUCUAGCAACCGUUGUGUUCCUGAGAUGCCAGGCCCUGGAUGUGGGUAUGCUAGGGCACUGCCUAGGACAGGAAGGCCUAGGGGAGGCAUUUCUGGUUGCUGGAAACUCUCUCUCCAAAUAUAUAGUCCUUAGGUCAUCAGGAGGGGGUUGCCUUAGUGUUCAUGUAGUUCAUUCAAAUACCUUUUAAAAUUCUUAUAUUCAGUUCUGAGCAAGUGCUGGUAUCUUACAUAGUUUGAAUUAAAUUUCAAAUU